CCUGAAUGCAGCAGCGGCACCAACGUUCGCUCCCGCCGAAGGGAAAUUCAAACCGUUGCUAUGGCUCCGCCUCCAUGGAAACGUAUAAAAGGCCCAGCUCCAGCUGCCGCUCCCCACUACCGCCUUCAGCCACCGAUUCUUCAACGUCGGAAAGAAGGAGCAAAAAAACAGCCACAAAAUGCGUGAGUGUAUUUCUAUGCAUGUCGGCCAGGCCGGAGCCCAGAUGGGCAAUGCAUGCUGGGAGCUCUACUGCCUGGAGCACGGCAUCCAGCCCGACGGUCAGAUGCCCAGCGACAAGACCAUCGGAGGAGGAGACGACUCCUUCAACACCUUCUUCAGUGAGACCGGAGCUGGCAAACAUGUCCCCAGAGCCGUCUUCGUGGACUUGGAGCCCACAGUCAUCGACGAGGUCCGUACAGGAACCUACCGCCAGCUCUUCCACCCCGAGCAGCUGAUCACCGGAAAGGAGGACGCAGCCAACAACUACGCCCGCGGUCACUACACCGUCGGAAAGGAGAUCAUCGACCUGGUUCUGGACCGGACUCGCAAACUGGCUGACCAGUGCACAGGACUCCAGGGGUUCCUCAUCUUCCACUCCUUCGGAGGAGGAACCGGCUCCGGCUUCACCUCUCUGCUGAUGGAGCGUCUUUCUGUUGACUACGGCAAGAAGUCCAAGCUGGAGUUUGCAGUUUACCCAGCGCCCCAGGUGUCCACCGCUGUGGUGGAGCCGUACAACUCCAUCCUGACGACCCACACCACCCUGGAGCACUCCGACUGCGCCUUCAUGGUGGACAAUGAGGCCAUCUACGACAUCUGCCGCCGGAACCUGGACAUCGAACGCCCCACCUACACUAAUCUCAACAGGCUGAUUGGACAGAUUGUCUCCUCCAUCACAGCCUCCCUGCGCUUCGACGGGGCCUUGAACGUGGACCUGACGGAGUUCCAGACCAACUUGGUGCCCUACCCUCGCAUCCACUUCCCUCUGGCGACCUACGCCCCGGUCAUCUCCGCAGAGAAGGCCUACCACGAGCAGCUAUCAGUGGCUGACAUCACCAACGCCUGCUUCGAGCCAGCCAAUCAGAUGGUGAAAUGCGACCCUCGCCACGGCAAAUACAUGGCCUGCUGCCUCCUGUACCGCGGUGAUGUUGUCCCCAAAGACGUCAACUCCGCCAUCGCCACCAUCAAAACCAAGCGCACCAUCCAGUUUGUAGACUGGUGUCCCACAGGGUUCAAGGUGGGCAUCAACUACCAGCCUCCCACCGUGGUUCCUGGAGGAGACCUGGCCAAGGUGCAGAGGGCCGUGUGCAUGCUGAGCAACACCACCGCCAUCGCCGAGGCCUGGGCUCGCCUCGACCACAAGUUUGACCUGAUGUACGCCAAGAGGGCCUUCGUCCACUGGUACGUCGGAGAGGGGAUGGAGGAGGGGGAGUUCUCGGAGGCCAGAGAGGACAUGGCCGCCCUGGAGAAGGAUUACGAAGAAGUGGGCACCGACAGCGUUGGGGAGGAGGAUGAAGGAGAGGAGUACUAGGUCACUGAAACAUCUGUAGCUCACUGCGGCUCCACAACAAGUCCAACACAGGUGUUUUAUUGCAGCGCAAUAUUGGACUCAUUCCUCAAAUUCUGCACAUUCCAGUGAGCUACAAGUGUCCCGCCUCAUUUUAAAUGCUAAAUAAAAUCAUGACCUAAGUC